CUAGUUCGCGGCAGGAUGGCCAAACGCACCAAGAAGGUCGGCAAGUACGGCACGCGGUAUGGCGCCUCCCUGAGGAAGACGGUGAAGAAGAUUGAGAUCAGCCAGCACGCCAAGGACACGUGCUCCUUCUGCGGGAAGACGAAGAUGAAGCGGCGCACGGUAGGCAUCUGGCACUGCGGCUCCUGCAUGAAGACGGUGGCCGGCGGCGCGUGGACCUACAAUACCACUUCUGCCGUCACAGUAGAGUCCGCCAUCAGAAGACUGAAGGAAUUGAAAGACUAGUAGAAGCUCCGCCGUUUGAAACAUUGCUGGGCCUGUAAUAAAUGGGUUAAUUUAUGUAA